UAAAUUCGUACCCGACAGACAGUUUCCACUUUCCCCCAUUUAUCUGUCCUCACCUUUCCCUUUCCCUUUCCGUGUUGCCUGUAAAGCUAACUACAAACAAAUCAAAAUUCUCUUUCCGCAAAAAACUCACUUUCUUGCUUAAUCGCCUCCUCGAUUUGAGCAGCCUCUGGCGAUCUAAAUCUUCUCUCUAACAAAGUUUGGUUUUGUAACUGUUUUAACUGCACAGAAUAGAAGUUGUACAGUGAGUAGUUGAUAGUUUUUCAUUUACAUGGAAGCCAUAAAAAAGCAAGCUACCAGGCUUAGAGAGCAAGUUGCAAAGCAGCAACAGGCAGUGUUGAAGCAUUUGGGACAUUUUAGUAAUGAAGGAAUUAUUGUUGACGAAGCAGAAUUACAAUGCUACCAGCAUCUUCAAAAUCUCUACAAUUCAACCAGAGCUGCCAAGCAUUUUCAGAAGAAUAUUGUUCGCGGUGCUGAAGGUUUUGUAUCUAUAAGUUCGAAGCAAAUGGAAAUAUUGCGAAAGUUGGCUGAUGAGUGUUGUAAAUACGGAGCUGAGAACCAGAGCGAGAAUAAUUAUGUCGCAAGGACUGUUCUUCAGUUUGGUGCCUCGCAUAAUUUGAUGGAAAAUGAGAAGGAAAUUUUGCUUGGGGUUCUUAAUGAUCAGGUUUCUAAGCCACUUCGGGCUUUAAUAACUGGAGCUCCUUUGGAGGAUGCUCGCCACUUGACUCACCGUUAUGACAAACUCCGUCAAGAGGUUGAAGCCCAGGCAGCUGAAGUAUUGAGGCGGCGGUCGAAAACCAGGGAUUCUGAAAUAUCUGCAGAGAGUUGCAUGAAGCUUCAAGCUGCAGAGGCAAGGUUGACUGAACUUAAAUCUACAGUGAUGGCACUUGGGAGAGAAGCAACUGCUGCCAUGUCUUCAGUUGAAAAUCAACAGCAAGAGAUUACUGCUCAGCGGUUGUUUAGUAUGGUAGAUGCUGAGAGAUGUUAUCAUCAACACGUUCUUACUAUUUUGGAUAAGCUACAUGCAGAGAUGAUUCUCGAGGAGCAAUUAAACGAGUCUGCAUUACAGUCGGCGACCACACAGAGAGAUGUGAUUCUCCCACCUGAACCCAAGAAUAACACUUCAAAUGGAUCUGAAAAUCACAUGCACCCUAAUCAUAAGGAUGCACUUUACAUAGCAAAAGUUAUACACCCAUUUGAUGCUCAAGCAGAAGGGGAGUUAAGUCUAUUUAUUGAUGAUUUUGUUGUGGUCCGGAAGGUGGCUCCGACAGGGUGGUCAGAAGGAGAAUGCAAAGGCAAGGCUGGAUGGUUUCCUUCUGCUUACAUAGAAAAACAUGAAAAAGCACCUGCAAGCAAGAUAAUGGAAGAAAGCUCAACUCCUUGAUCCAAAUUAUUUAUGUACAAAAGCUGUAUAUGUCUUGUUUAUAUUAUAGUUCAAUUCUAUGCACCAGUGGUUACAGUAUGUUAUUGAAUGCCGUUCCUUCUGGCGUGGUAGUGUAUGUGUGAUGAGAUUGUGCUCUCCUAACUUAGCCUUCCUUUUCUUUUUCGCAUCUUUCUAUUUAUUGUGUUUACGAAAAUAAGGCCAAUAAGCAGCUUUUAAUGUUGUGUACCUUUUCCCCUCGCAGUAAUUUUUGUUGGAUAAUAAAAUGUCCUGGCUAUUCUUUUCCUCUCAA